AUGGCGUCGCCGAAGGAGACCUUGACCCAAUUGAACUCUGCGCGCGAUAUUGUGCUCCGCGACCACACUCUAUACACCCAAGUAGUGCCUGGAAUCGUCCAAGUCAUUGCGCCAGGUGCAGACCUAGAGCUUCGCAGAUGGGGUGCAGACUUUCUCGCAGAGACCUUUGCAUCGCAGGUGGUGACAGCGGAGGCAAAGCAGCAAAUGUCACUGGUUGUGCUUGACACGUUGAAAGGCUAUCUCAACAGAAAGGACAUUGCGGGCGAGGAUGAGGACACGGCGGUGGUCAAGAGUGCUGUGCAGUGUGCCGCGAGCAUAUACCCAUUCGUCUUUAGACACACUGUCAGCAACCCCUCAGACAAGGAGACAUGGAGCAAGAUAGCGGCCAUAAAGAGCAGCAUUCUGCGGAGGAUGGAUACUGCAGUGCCUGGUGUGCGAAUAUGCUGCAUCAAGUUCGUGGCUUCUGUGGUGCAAACGCAGACUCCCGGCCUCAUUGCAGACCCUCGGCGGCAAGAGCAAAACGAAAUCAGUCUUUCUCUGGUCCCGCGAGAUCAUCCUGUCAUACCGCCCGCCAAUCUCGAGGCAGAAGCGUCCGGAUUACUGGACAGACUGCUGGGCGUGCUGCAGGAGAACUUGACUGAUCCGCUGAUCGUCACGGCAACAUUGAACGCUCUUUCCACCCUGGUUCAGCGUCGCGCAAGUGUCUCGAGCAAGAUCCUCAUGACCAUUCUCAACUUCAACCCUCUCAAGCUGGCCAGUAGACCCAUAAGUGGGAUGGACAAGAUUGCGAUCAAGAGCAUGACCCGAACUACGAUGUCAUUUCUUCUCAACUGCCUCAAAAGGAAUUCAAACCAUGCACUGGCGGGCCGCAUGCAGCAAGGCAUUGAGCGACUCAAGCAUAGCCUGAUAGAGGUGUUUUCCGAGAAUCAUCAGCUCAAGCGACCUGCACCCGACGAGCCCGUCGAUGGACUAGACGAUGCGAAACGGCAGCGAUUAGAUGCGGAAGCUGUCAAUGGCACGACGCCUUUGCAACAGUCCGUCGGUCCAACAUAUCCACCACUACCACCUGGACCAGUGUCGAUAGCACAAAUAUGGACACUCACGAAUCACCAACAGUCAGCGACAUUCGAUGUGACUCGAUUGCCAGUGCCUACAGUCGUGCAACUCAUACCUGCGCUGUUACAGGCGGUACCGCAGCAGAAGAUCAACGAAGCGAUCAAUGUCGUCCGAGCGAGAUGGCUGGGUAUUGGCGACAGGGGUCACGCAAAUGAAGCGAAUGCCGCAAACGCAGAGGAGGAUGACGAAGACUAUGACCCGUCAAUGGGGUUCAACGGCGACACAGAUCAAGUAAUGAAUCGCCUAGAACAGAGACCGAGGGACGCGAUUGCUAACGACGUUGCUGUCGGUCCUUUCAGCUUACCUCCACCACCGCCCCUCUCUGAACAUGAGAAAGACGAUUAUAGCAGGACUGCUGUCAUGCGAGUUUUCGGCAAUCUCUCAGACCUCGAUCGCGAGGCGAAAACCAAAGGCAAACCUACUCAGAUAGAACAUGGCUUUAAUCGGCUGGCAGCGACAAGCGCCAGUGGCCACGACAGGGAAGUGUGGAUCACUUUGCUCACGAGAUUGGCUACAAGGGCGCCGUUUGAUCUUGAUGAGAAGAAUGGAAAUGUCAAAAAGGAGGGUGAUGACCUUUCGAUGGCGCAGAAAGCACAAGGGAGACAUUUAUCAAACGGCAUUCGAGAAGGUCUUCUCAGAUAUGUCAUGGAUAACUUCCGAGGCAGAAUCGAUGUUGCCAUCGCUUGGCUGAAUGAGGAAUGGUAUUCCGACCGCUUACUCCUGAAGCAAAAGGAGGAAGACGGUGAAACGAUUGACGAAGAUGAUCUGCCUAACUACUGGAUUUGGGUGCUGCGCCUACUGGAUAGCAUGAUGCCCUAUAUUGAUGUCAAGGAUCAGCGGAUAGUGAUCAGACUGCUCUCAGAAGUCCCAGCCAUCAACAGUGCUCUGCUGAAUCGACUCAAGAAGAUCGCUGAGGACCCGGAGCGAGUACAGAUUGUCACCAACACGCUGCUCUACCUCGUCAUGUUUCGGCCACCGGUGAGAGAGCUGGCGAUCAAUACUGCGGAGCAGAUGUUCAGAGAGAACAGGGAUGCGAAGACGGCCGCCAAGAAGAUUCUUGCGAAAUGGAGGCCAGCAGUGCUCGAGCAGGAAACAGGCACAGAACACGGCGAUGCGAGAAGAGAGAGAUGA